UAGCAUUACAAACUACGUUUAACGAUAAAAAAAAAAGGGUUCGCGACGUGACGUAACAAAAAAUUUGGAAAUUUUUUUUCUUUUCUUGGACUCCACUUUUUCCUCUGUGUAGGAACUGAGUUCUCACUUAUUUCCUUCGCUGUCCUUCCAUUUUUCUACAUCUCUCUCAGAGGAAAGUGUAAAGUGGAAAGAAUUCUUGUUCUUUUUUAUUCUCUUUUUUAGCUGUAUUUUUGUCAAACAUAGCAAAAAUAAUACGUUAGAUUAUCAUGUUUGGCAGUAGCAGUAAUAAUACAGCUAGCUUCUUCAAUAAACCUUCGACAUCGACAUCAUCUUCAACGACGUUUGGCGGAACUGGAACAGGAGGAAGUAUCUUUGGAGGUGGCAACAACACUAAUACUACCUCCUUCGGUGGAGGACUUUUUGGUAAUAACAAUACUACCAAUACUGGAGGUUCAACUUUCGGUGGGUUCAACAAGACAGCAGGAGCUACAUCAGCCAAUGGUACCGCUACCGCUCCUCUCUUUGGUGGUGCUGCCCCCAACACGAGUAACUCAAUGACUCCUGCGACAAGUGGUGCAUCAAUAGCAGCUCCGAGUACUGGAACAUCGCUUUUUGGUUCUUCAGCUAAUAAACCAAGCACGUCAGCAUCGUUUUUUGGCACAGCGGCGAAUACAACCACUAGUAGCACUGCUACUCCAUCGUUAUUUGGAACCGCUACUUCAACAGCUGGUACUGCAACCACAGCAUCCUCACAGCCAUUUGGUGGUAGUGGAGGUGGUUUGUUUGGCUCUAAGAACAUUAAUUCUACACCAGCAACCUCUACGUCUGGAACGAGCACAUCAUUGUUCAAUCAACCUGCCUCAGGAACAUCGAUAUUCUCCUCCAACAACGCGACUCAACAACAACAGCAACCACAACAACAGCAAGAGUCUGUUAAAUUAUUAGAUCUUGCCACAUGUUUUCCCGAUACCAAAGCACCACAUUUUAUCAUACAGCAGAAUAGUAUCAAACGCUCCACUGUACCCUCUUCACAUUGGAUGGAACGUAAAGCAGAUGAUAGAGCAAAUAUGGAUAACGAUAAUAGAAACGCAAGAAACCUAACAUUAUUCCAUACGAUGGACACUACACCUAUGACCUCCAGUACUGCCCAAUCCUCAUCGGCGACGAUGUCAAAAGCCGCUAUUGCACCUUCAAAAUCACAGACACUUUUCAGACAAUUAGAUGGAAGAACUGUAGUACUACCUCCUUUCUUAACUUCGACUGAGCAAAAUUUGGUAAGUCGGUAAUCUCAUUUUUCUCAACUCUAUGUGCCCAACCGUUGUUAUAUAAGGAAGUCGGUCCUGGGCUGUUCACACAGAUAGGACAUUCUAUUACUAUUCAAUGCCAAAUGAUCACAGAACCACAGACGUACUCACUUCAAUAGUAUUGUCUUUCUAAUGUUUGUAGAUCAAUCCAUCGAAACCAAGUGGAGCAACUCAGUUUGGGAUGAAACGACCCCUGGACGAUGAUUCGAAAAUGAACGGGUAAUUAUCAAAAGUUCAAAACGAUAAAAAUUUGUUACCCACUUUCUAACUUUGUUUCGUAACCCUCUCUUUGGUAUACAUCCUACAGACGUAAUGUUUU